CACAACAAAAUACGUAUUAUAUAGUUUAGGCGAAAGGCCAAGCGCUCGGGACUGUGAAGAAGCCUUUCAGCGCUGAAAAGGAAAUUGAGUCAGUUGUUAGGCGACGGUCGAAGGGAAGUAAGAUGGAAGAAAGAGAAUAUGAAAGGAGGUACAGGAGAAGGAAUGAAAAAGGUUGCACCUAGGGGCCGAAGGGACUCUGGGAAGAACCAUAAGUAAUUCCUACAGUGCGUCGCGCGAGGUGCACUAACGACACUACCACCCGUACCGUAAUCAGCUGCCGUUAAAGAAGACAAAAAGGCUCGGCGGAUAAGAUACGCAAAACAGUUCCUGAUCGUGGUGACUGCAAGUUUGGCAAACAUUCCCUCUGGUAUGAUACAGCUCUGGCCAAAUGUCCUGGCUUCGCAUAUCGUUCGGGAUAAUUCCACCAUUUUUGGCAGCGAGAUUCAGUUUGAGCCUUGGCAGAUGGAUCUAGUAGUGAGCGUGACACAAAUUGGCAGCCUCGUGGGGUUCCUAAGUGCUGGCUUCUUCCUCAGUCUAGUGGGAAGAAAAUGGUCGCUAAUAAUUACUGCCAUACCAGGAAUAUUCGGCUCUGCUCUCAUCACUCUUUCUUUUAAUACAUACAUGGUCAUUGCUGGGAGGUUUCUAGAUGGGAUGACAGUAGGCAUGGCAAACGUAGCUGUCUUUGUGUACGCCUCGGAAGUCUCCGACGUCAGGGUCAGGGGCACGCUGGGAAUGGCGUCCCACCUGCUGGUGCAGAUCGGAGGCAUCACCAACAUAUCGCUGGGGAUUCUGCUCAACUGGUACUACAUGUCCUUAAUCUGUGCCUGUUUCCUCCUCGCCCACUGCCUGACUGUGUUCACCUUGCACGAGAGUCCUUCCUUCCUUGCCGUGAAGGGCCACGACGAAGGAGCCCUGAAAGUCCUGCGCAAACUCAGGGGCUCUCACGUCGACGUCCACGAGGAGCUCACUUACCUCCAGCAGCAGAACCAGGCCACCGACGACACCCAGGGAGGCAGGGGCCUGCUGCAGAAGCAGCAUCUGCAGAAGAUAGGCCUGAUGAGCGGGAUCCUCUUCAUCCACAACUUUUGCGGAACACAGGUCCUGCGCAUGAAUGCCACGAGGCAACUCCAAGAGCUGGGAUUGCCCAUGGACGAGAAAUUCACAACGAUCUUGGUCAUUGUCGUUCUUUUCUUUGGUAACUUCUUCAUGACUCUAAUAUUAGACAGCUUUGGUCGACGCCGUUGUAUAAUAACCUCGUUAAUGGUUGUGGCAGCUUCUUACAUAUCCUUGGGGACGUUUAUUUACCUGCAGGACACUAAUCCUUCCUUAACUGAUCCACGUAAGGACGAGCUUCUGAAAUUUGCAUAUAGCGUGGAAAAUGCGACGCUGACUGACGUCGUAGCGGAAGGGUCUGCGAUUAUGAGUAUCAGUGACUGGCUACCACUGGUGUUCCUCAUGUUUGCAGCUUUUGGUCACAGUACGGGCAUAGGGCCACUUGUCUGGCUAUUGCCCCCCGAAAUGUUCCCUACCAACUUAAGGUCACAGGGAACAUCUGUAUGUAUGGUCAUCGGCAGCCUUCAGAUGUUCACCAUCCUACAGCUGUUUAGCCUGAUGCAGGAUACGCUGACACAGGCUGGCAUGUAUUGGUUGUUCGCUGGAGUGGCUGUAGCAGGUAUCUUCUUCAUCUACUUCCUGCUGAAGGAGACCGGCGGAACUAGGGUAGGGUGAAGUUUCUGCUGACGGAGAGAUAAUGAUGAUAUGGGAGAAGGUUCAACCCCAGCAGAUGCCCGGUAGCGUUUUCCCGAAGAAAAACAAGACGCCAUAUCUUAAAAACUAGCCAUAGAAAUUUCUUGAAAGUACUCGAGUGACCCAGUCUAACCUAACACAGCCUAACUUAACUGGGGCUGGAGCAAUACUAGCAUACAUCUCAGGAAUUUGCUGCCUUGUCGGCGUCAUUAAUUCUUUCUCAAGAGGAUUUUAUUAUAUUUUUUUACCGAGUGUGUUGCCCAGGAUUAGUAACGAGGAAUCUAUGGUGUUGUAAUUAUUAUUAU